AAUGUCGGCCCAGUCAAUUUCAAAGUGAAAGGUUCGAUUUACCGAUCUAAGCUUAUGGGCUUGAUUGUGGGCUCAACUUUUAAAAUUGGGCUCAAAUGGUAAAUUACGUCCGUUGGGUUGAAUCGAACCGAGCUUGAGAUAUAUCUUUUUGGGCUGGGCCGAACCAACGACCUAUUUCGAUGUAGGUGAAAAAAUAACAUAAAAAAAUUAAUCAUACCGUCAAAUUCUGAACCCCUUCACUCUCGAACCAUUUUAUUCCAUUGCCGUCGCCGCCGUCCACGGUGCCGAACCGCCCAAGAAAGCUUCAUUUCAGCAACAUUUCCGCCGUAAUCUCAAAUUCCGGCCAACUUUGGAAACUCCCACUCCUCCCCAAACUAUCUACAAACGUCUACCCAAUUAAUUGAGUUUGAAAGUAUCGACAAUGGCAAUUAAAGCCGUUCGGCAGCUAAAUUUUCUUCAUCUUCUUCCCAUUCCCUAAUAACUAGCUCCCAAAUUUUGAUAAUAAACCAGAAACUCAAGUUCCUAAACGCACAGAAAAAUCUUCUUAUUCAAUCCAAAUCGGAGCUAAACUGGCGAAACAACGAAAAUUUUGCUUGGGCAUUUUACUCGCCGUAACUGGGCUCGUAAUUUUACUCGUGAUUUUAGGGUUUCCAGUUUUCAAGCCCAAACGGCCCACAAUCGCCGUCGAUUCGGUUUCUCUGCUCGAUCUGGCCGUCUCUCUGGACCCCACGAGGCUCGCCGUCGAUCUGAAUCUCACUCUGAUGGUGGAUCUCUCCGUCAGGAACCCUAAUAAAGUGGCCUUCAAAUACUCCGAUGGCACCGCCGUCAUCAGAUACAGAGGGGAAGAAUUCGGAGAAGCGCCGAUUCCGGCCGGCCGGUUGGCGGCCGACGGGACCCAGGGAAUGAACCUCUCACUGACGAUGAUUGCGGACCGGCUGCUCGCCAAGCCGGAGCUCUUCCCCGACGUGGUCGCCGGAGAACUUCCGAUCAGCACUUACGCCAGACUUUCCGGUAAAGUGACGGUAAUCGGCGUGUUCAAGAUUCAUGUUGUGGCCUCGACGGCUUGUGAUUUCGCCGUCGACAUUAAAAACCGAAGUAUUGGAGAUCAGCAGUGCCAUUAUCGAACUCAGCUCUGACAAUUUCGGAUCGGCGAUUUUGGGGGCCGCCGGUUUUGGCCUGAGGGUUUGUUUUAGUAUUAAUUUCUCACGUUUUAUUUUUUUAUUUAAUUUUUUAGGCGUAUGUGGAAAUUGAAAAUUGAAGAAGAAGGUAGGGGUAAAUCUGGAAAUGUGUGGUAAAUUCAAAGCGGUUUAGCGAUGGUUGUGGUGGUAAUGCGCAGCGCGUGACUCGUCCAUCGACACGGGAUCGGGUUUCCGAGAGGGUAUAAUGGUAAAUCAGCUUGAGAGAGAAGAGAAAGGA